AUUUUAUUUAAAAGAUAUGGACAAUCCAAAGCAGUGCAAGGCCAAUAGGUGGAGAACAAGAGUGGAAAGGAAAGUCGUGAAGAAAGAGAGCCAAGUGAACGAAAGAUGAGUACUUGGGAUUUAUGAUAAGCAUGACCCUCCUGGAAAAUACAACUACUCUCUAUUUAUAGAUUUCACGCAUUUAAUAUUUAUUGCACAGAUAAAUAAUUUUUUAAGAGAGACAUUAUUGCGCAAAACUUUGAUGAAGGAGGAGGACCAUAAAUGAGGAUUAGUUGUGAUGUCGAAGCAUUUGACUCAAAAACAUUUUUAUAAGAUGCUCAAUUACACAUUUACUACAAGAAACUCAAUUAUAUUUGGUUCAAAUGUUUUUUCUACUGGGUUUAGAGUCAAAUUCUCUAUUAAAAGCCUUGUUAACAGAAUUCAUUAUUUCAAAAGAGUUGUUAUUCAGGAAAUAGCCAUGAGUUCUAAGCAAUUUGUGAAGAUCCUUAGGGAUGGGAACUGUCUUGAAGAUUUGAGACUUGAACAAUCCUAUGUUCAAGGUCCUCAACUCAGAUUCAAAGCUGAUGGAGUUUCUCGAUUGAAAAAAAUAAACAUAAGUUGGUAUAUGUAUGAAGUUGUUCAAUACCAUGUAACAGAAAAUCCAAACUAUUUUGAUCCAGUUCUUGGCAACAUCAGUCAGUGCCCUUGCAUUAAUACACUCGAAAGGAUCAAAAUUAUAAACACAAGAACCCCCGAGCACACUACUAAUCGCUUACAGGAGAAAUAUGGAGGCUUAACAAUUCUAUUCAUUGAUAACUAAAGUUCUGC